UUCGCGUGUUGUUUUUUUUGGGAAAAUACCAGUGUGCCUUUCAAACUUCUUUACACAAGUGUGGAAUCCAUAUAAUCCAUAUAAAAGCAUGUAUUGUUGUAUAAUUGAAAACUAAAAAAUGAAUGGUGAUCACAUACAUAUGAAAUGUGAUCACCAUUCAUUCAGCAGUAUCUGCAGUAUCAUGCACGACUACAAUAUCAUCAAAAUCGACCAUUCUUGUGAUUAUAUAGAUUUUGUCGCCUGCGCUGAAGAAUAUAUUGGAAAUAUAUAUCGCAUUGCUCUCGUUUGUUGUACCCAACAAACAUUCUAGUCAUUUUCUCUCUGUGAAUCAAUGAAUCUAUCUACAACAUAAUACACAUCCAGGUUUCUGCUUUUUCUGGUUGCUUACUUUUUGUCGGUAAAAUUGAAGAAGAAGAAGAAGCAUAUAAAUCCAGAAAAAAAACAAAAUUCAUUCAUCCAACGAACAGACGAGCUUCAUUCAUCACCAUGAUGAUGAUGAUGGUUAUAUUGGACAUAUGAUCAUCGAAAACAACCACUCCAGAUUCGCCUGCCGCAUCGAAUCAUCAACCAAAGCCAAAUACAACGGAGACGAAGAAACGUGGUUGGAUGAAAAUAAAACAAGCAUAGAUCUAUUGAUUGAUUGGCCCGCCGAAAAGAAAAUUUGCAUUUAUAUUCAUUGAAUUGACCAAAUUUCACCAAUAAUUGUCAAAAUUACGACCAAUUUGUCAUUUGUGAGCUCACAUAUCAUCAACACAAGUCUGUCGUGAUAUAUACAAGUUUAUAGUCACUGACAAGAUAUUCAUUGGAAAUAAUCAUCAUCAUCAUCAUUCAUCAUUCAUCACAAAAAGUUCAUCAUUACCGAAUCAACCAUCAUUGAACGGUCAAAACAUGUCAUAUUCAUCAUCCAUCAUACUCGAAGCAGAGGAUGAUCAUCAUCAUGGACGACAUCAAACAAACCACAAUCAUCAUCAUCAUGAGAAUGGUGACACAAUAAUACGAUCGAAUAGACUUGUGGCUGCAAUCGAUCAGGGAACAUCAUCAUCAAGGUUUUUAGUUUUUUCCACUGAAACCGGUGAAUUGGUCACAUAUCAUCAGAUUGAAAUAAAAAAAAUCUAUCCAAAUGAAGGAUGGGUGGAACAAGAUCCUGCCGAAAUAUUGUCAUCGGUUACACGUUGUAUAGAUGUUGUUGCGAAAAAACUUCCUGAAUUGGGUUUCCAAAUAUCCGAUAUCCGUUGUGUUGGCGUUACGAAUCAACGUGAAUCCACUAUACUCUGGGAACGUACAACAGGAAAAGCAUUGUAUAAUUCGAUUGUAUGGCUUGAUAAUCGUACUAGUGAUCUAGUUGAGACCGUAAUCGAUCGAGUGCCAGGACGUGAUAUGAAUUGGCUCAAAAGUAAAACCGGCCUACCGAUAUCGACAUAUUUUAGUGCGCUAAAAAUAAAAUGGCUUAUCAAAAACGUUGCCGAAGUUCGUCGAUCAAUGCUGGCUGGUACAUUAAUGUUCGGUACAAUCGAUUCGUGGUUGCUAUGGAAUCUAACUGGCAAACAUUUGACCGAUGUUACCAAUGCAAGUCGUACAUUAUUGAUGGACCUAGAAACACUUGAAUGGGAUGCAUGGUUAUGUGAUUUUUUCAAGAUUCCAAUCUCGAUUCUACCAGAAAUAAAGCCAUCCAGUUCAAUGUUUGGCGAGAUACAAAAUGGACCACUCAGGUCGAUACCAAUAACCGGUGUGAUUGGCGAUCAAAAUGCAGCUCUUGUUGGCCAGAAAUGCCUAAGCAUUGGCCAGAUUAAAGUUACCUAUGGUACUGGAGCAUUUCUUAUGCAAAAUAUCGGACCAGGACCAUUGCAUGGUGCAUACAAGAAUGUGCCGGAAGAAGCUCGUCAUAAACUGUUGACUACUGUCGCAUUCAAAUUGGGUGAUGAAAUGGCUUGGUAUGCGUUGGAAGGAUCGAUUGCCAUUGCUGGCGCAGCUAUUACAUGGCUACGUGAUAAUCUUGAACUGAUUGAUAAUUAUGGCCAGGUUGAAGAUCUAGCCCGAAUGGAUUCCAAUUCAGGUGGCCUAUAUUUUGUUCCAGCAUUCCAAGGUUUAUAUGCCCCAUAUUGGGAUGCAUAUGCAUCCGGUUUGAUAAUUGGCAUAUCACAAUUUACGAGAAAAUCUCAUCUAGUUCGAGCUACAUUGGAAGGUGUUGCCUAUCAGACAAACGAUAUACUUUGCCUCAUGCGUAAUGGCCUCAAUUAUGGUAUCCGUGUUGAUGGUGGUAUGAGCUCCAAUGAUUUAUUAUGUCAAAUUCUAUCCAAUGUUACCGGCAAUCUAAUUCUACGUGCAAAAAUGGCUGAAUCAACAGCAUUUGGUGCUGCAUUAGUUGCCAGUCAUCAUUGUGGUCUAUGGGAACGUUUAUUGAAAGCUGACCAUAAUCAUCAACAACUCCAAAUUAAUGAUGACAUUUUAGCAACUAAUUUUAAUAAUAAUAAUCAGUCAGCCAUGAAUAAUGGAAAAAUAUGCAAUGGCAAUAUUUCCAAUAAAUUACAACCACAACAAGAUUCAACAUUCGAUCAUAUAAAACGACAACUAUCAUCAUUUCUAUCAUCAUCAUCAUCAUCAUCAUCAUCAACAACAACAACAACAACAACAUCACUAUCACCAUCAUCAACAUUAUCAUCAUCAUCAACAUCACAACCGCCCAAAUCAACGGCACAAUUAUUAUGUGAACCAAUCAAUGAAACGAUGAAACUUCAAUAUGAUCUAUUUCGACCGGAAUUGGAUGAAGAUCAACGUCAAGAACGAAUCGAAAAUUGGCGUGCUGCCGUACGACGAUCACGAAAAUGGAUUCGAAUCAAUGAACAAAAAGAACAGAAACGUGUAGAAUAUCUACGAUUAUCUACAUUGCCCAUGACUUUUUUCAUCAUUUCAACGCUUGGACUUUGUAUCCUAAGCAGGCGAUUUUAAUUGUUCAGAAUUGUAAAUCAGUGAUUUUGUUUAAAUUAAUUUCACUGACCUUGAAAACCUUCUUUGUUGAACAAAUGAUUACCUGUUUUGAUUCUUUGCAUUUAUUUAUUUUUGUUAUGAAAAAAAUGGAAAUGAAAAUGGAAAUCGAAAUGAAAAUAAAA